GCGAUUGCAUUUAUUUUUUGUUUACAUUUUCCACACGUACGAUGCAAAUCAGUGCUUUUUUUUCUUCUGAUUCAAACACCAAGUGUAAAUAAAUUACGAUUUCGUUGUUACUAUCAUAUUCAGUCAUUGUUGAUAACAAACGACAACCGAAGAUUUUGCAGAAACAUAAACCCAUGUAUACAGCUUUAUUCGCCACUUAAUUGCUUCUGCUGCUCCGCUCCGGAUUUGUGACAGUAACUUAAUACACACAUACAUACGUACAUAACAUAGAUGCAUGCCUACAUAGAGCUGUAACGAACACAGAUACUAUUGUUUGUUUGUGUGUGCGCGCAUGUAAGCGGAAAAACCUACAUAUGAACAUUUAUGGACAUGUAAAAUUGUUUAUCUGUGUGUAUGCAUAUUAAAAACAAUUAUUGCGCUUCGCUGUUGAACGUAAAUGCAUAAAAUAUUAAACAAAAAAUUGGAUACAUACAUAAAUUAGUGAAAACGGACACAUCAGCAAAACAGUUUUAAAGGCAAAUCCCAGUCUCUCUCCGCCCCUCGUCCAGUGGAAAUAAAUUUGAAGUGACCGACGCGUCGGAGAAAGAUUGUUGUUGUUGCAAAAAUGGCGGAACGUCGCGGCACAAAGGCCUUGGAGCAAUGGUGUCGACGUAUGACCGAAGGAUAUCCGGGCGUUAAGAUCGACAAUAUGACAACAUCGUGGCGUGAUGGGCUCGCCUUUUGUGCAAUUAUUCACCACUUCCGACCGGAUCUAAUCGAAUUCGAGAAACUCAAUAAGAAAGAUGUGUACUACAAUAAUGAGUUGGCAUUUACCACGGCUGAGAAAUAUUUGGGCAUACCAGCGUUACUCGACGCCGUCGACAUGGACACCUAUGAAGUUCCGGACAGAUUAUCGAUUCUCACCUACCUAUCCCAAUUCUAUCAGGCGUUCGCACACUCACACCAUGCUAAAGGUACCGGCAGCAGCAGCAGCAGCAGUUCUACCAGCAGCGGUCUGAAGCGUACCAGUCCCGGGAGAGAGGAAUCACAAAUUGCAAAUACUAAUGAACCACCGCCAAAGAUGGCGCACGUUGUGGGCGUGCCACGACGUGAUCCCUGCCAGAAGUGUCAGCUGCCGGUGUUUCUGGCCGAACGCCUGCUUAUUGGCAAGCAGGUCUACCAUCGCACCUGUCUGAAAUGUGCUCGCUGCGGCUCACAAUUGUCGCCGGGCAGCUUCUACGAGACAGAGGUGAACAAUGAGUAUUGCUGCGAAACCUGUCCUGACGAGGAGGACGAAAUUGAAAUUCGCGAAGACACAGACACGGCACCAACCACUAGUGCUGGUGCCCAUGGGAAACCCGUUCGCAACUCUCUAUCCGAACGUUUGGCCUUCUUUGAGCAGAGCGCCGUCCAUAAUAAUGGCCACAAGGUGCUGCAGAAGAGCGUCAGCGACGAGGAGAAACGUCAGCACAUCAACGAGGCGCGAUCCUAUCAGCCACCCACAACUGUCUAUAAGGGGAAUGCAGCUUUGGGCAGUUUCCUGCAUGGCAUUGUCGAUGACAAACCUGUCGAAGACACAAAACAUGAUGUACCAGACACGGGAAUUCCCAUAAGUGACGAAGUGGAGAAGAAGGAGAUUCCCUCGACACCGUCUUCGGGACGGUUUAGAACUGAAACGAAAAUCAGCCUUGAAGUGUCUGAAGAAGAUAAAGAAAACAUCAGCGAACAACACGAUAAGCCAUCGGUGUUAGCAACAAAGUGCGAGGAACAACUGAAGGAAGCGGAUGCGGAUACGGUUACAGAGAAUGUAGAAGUCACAAAGCAGCUUUUGGACGAUGUCAGUGAUCAGCUGGGUGUGCUGGAAGCACAACAAGAAUCACGUGAAAAGGAGCAGUUGCCACCUCCUCCACCUGAACAAGCGGUUGUGGAGCAGGAAGUCGUUAUGCCGUCCAGGACGCCGUCAGAAGAACCCAAUAACGUAAACAUGCAGGAAAAAUUAGAAAUAGCCGCAGACGACGUAGAAGAAAGACGUACGCCUUCAAAUAUUCCCAUUAAAAUAGAAGACGAGACUUUAGAGGAGUCCACAAGCCCAGCAGAGCGGAAAGAGAAAAUCGUAAAGGAAUCCGAGGAAGUCGAACAUCAUAGCGAUAGUGUGCCUCUAUCGCCAACGACUUCGGUGGAAAACCGCUAUCCGGAAUAUCUAAAUCCCUUCGCUUCGGAUGACAGCGAUGAUGAACCACAAUCAGCACUCGCGCCACCACCCGCCCCAGCACAAGCCCAACACCCGGGCAUUACAUCACCGGACAGCCUGAAUCCAUUUGACAGCGAGGACGACGAGGUGGAGUUGGAGAAGGCUGGCAGCAAAGGUCGUCAAUCGUCAGGCUCCAUUAAGGUACCACCACCACGACCGCCGCCGCCACGCAUCCUGCGAAGUGAGCAUGAGAAUGAUGCCGAUGGUCAAACAGCUGGAUUGGGAUCUUCGAGACGUUCCAGCCUAACACUGCCGGCGACCAAGAAAAUACCUUUGCCAACGCCGAGAACGACAAUUUCACAAUCGCAAACACCCACACCGGAGCCGACACCACGACUCAGUCAACGCAGUAAUGUGCGGGAUAUGGGAAGCCAUUAUGAUAGCAACAGCUCGCUUUUCUCGCCGGUCAGCCCUCAACAACAGAUACAGCGUGACGCAGAUGGGCGGGGAUCAAACAAUUCGCUGUCAUCUUCGGCUGGUGGUACUGUCCGCUCGCGUAAGUCGAGACGCGCUCCGGUGCCGCCUGGUGCGCUCAAGGAGCUGUUCCCAUCGUCUGAGGAGAAUGUGAAUCGCAGCAAUUCGAGCCUCAACAGUGGCGAUAGUGAAUUGAAAUCUCAUUCAGUUGUAAGUUCGCCGAAGUCGAGUCGCAAAAAACGUCCGGCACCAACGCCUCCGAAACCGGCCAGACUGGAGGUGCGGAAUCCUCCGCAUGUAGAAUCACAGCAGCAGGAAAACAUUAACGGAAACGAUUCAAAAAACUUGCUUAGUUACCCUCUGCAGGGCGACUUGGAUUCGGCUAAAAUGCCAGAUGAAGAGAAAGCCUUGUUGGAGGGUAAGCCCGAUACGGGCCAACAAAGUACGCGACGACUCAUUCCAUUACAUCACAGCCUGCUGUCAGACGAUGAGACGGCGAAUCCGAGCAAUUCCGCAGAUGAGCAAAAGCAGCGUAACGCUGUCGCGGAAACGGACAUUGUGUAUCGCCGGAUACUGAUGCCCCCAACAAUUAAUACGCCCACCCAUCUGGAUCAGCCGAAUGAGCACAAUCGCCAGCUGGAGAAACUGAAGGAUAACAAGGAGGCGCAAAAUCGCAAUCGUCAAUUGCAAGUGUUUGGACUCGAAAGCCACAAUAGUACGACUUCCGCCAGCAUAUAUAACAAGUCGACGCAUGGGAAGUGGAAGCGACGCAAGGGUCCAGCCCCUGCCCUGCCCAUUCCGCAACGCAAAGUCCUGCAGAUGUUGCCGCUACAGGAGAUACGUCACGAAUUGGAAAUCAUAGAAGUACAGCAACAGGGUCUAGAGAAGCAGGGCGUCAUUUUGGAGAAGAUGAUUAGGGAUCGCUGCGAGGGACCCACUAUUGUGACAACCGCAGCAACAGCAGUAGAUGCCGCAGAUUCCACUCCCAGCCCAAUUGCAACCAAUCCAGCCGAGCAGGGUCAAAAUUCUAAAGAAGUGGAAGAUUUAAUUUUGCAACUCUUCGAGUUGGUGAACGAGAAGAACGAAUUGUUUCGUCGUCAAGCGGAGCUAAUGUAUCUACGACGGCAACAUCGUUUGGAGCAGGAACAGGCCGAUAUUGAAUACGAGAUACGUGUACUGAUGAGCCAACCGGAGCUCAAUAAAACGGAUACGGAUAAGGCGCGAGAGGAAGCGUUAAUCGCACGUCUGGUUGAAGUCGUAGAAUUGCGAAAUGAGGUGAUCGACUGCCUUGAAAUGGAUCGACUGCGCGAAGCUGAAGAGGAUUUAAGCAUAAAACAGCGCUUGGAACUGCACAAUGCCAAGCGCGGGGCCUCCAAUAUACCCGACAAACCAAAAACAGGAAGCGCAAAACUCUCCAAAAAGGAAAAGAAGCAACAGAAGGAGAGUAAAAAGUUGUCGAAAAUGAAAAAUAUGGACGUUGAUAAGGACGCCGAUGAAUCGGAGCUGAAACCAACCAAGGAAAAGACAAAGAAAAAACACAAAUUGUUCUUUUAGGAGCGUCUAUGAAGAACGCUUAGAAACGCUUCUCCCACCCGCUGUUCGUUCUGUGUGCUCACAAAGCACAUAAACCCCCCUCCUCACUUCACGUUCCCUCGCCCCCUACAAGAUACAACACAUUUACUUGUGAUACUUGAAUUCUCGUUUUUAAUUUUGUGAAACAUAUAUCUAUUUUUUUUUUUGUUUUUUUUUGUGUUUUCUAUGUAGGUCGUGUGCACUUAAAUUUGUUUGUUAAAUAUUAUUCAAUGUCUGCAACAAUUGCCUAAACAACAGCUGUGCACUUAAAAUCUUAAAGAUGUACUAUUUAUAAUAUUAUAAUAAAAUUAUAUAAAGGAAUGGAA